AUGCACUGGUUCCCGCCCACGCGCUGGUGGUGUGCCCUCACCAAAGGCGGCGGCGGUGGCGGUGGCGGUGGCGCCCCCCCGCUGUGGUCGCCGGCGACUUCCGGCGCCAGUGACGACGACGACGACGGCGACCACCGCCCCCGCCGCAAGCGCCAGCGGCUCGACCCCGAGGUGGUGGCGCUUGAGAGAAGCAUCACCGACCUCCACGUGCUUACCCCGACCCUGGUCGACGCCUCAGUGGCGACGGACCCCUCGACAAAGCCCGUCGAGUCUCACCCGGUGCCGGCGCCGGGAGUGGUGCGUGCGGCGCUGCCGACAAGUGACCACCAGGUGGCCCCGUCCGAGGCGGCAUCCCCCGCCCCGCUGGACGCCGCCAGCGACACCUGGGCCCUCGCCAGCCACAGCUCGUCCCCCGGGUCCAUCCUCUCCCGCACCACCACCACCGACGCCGCCGGGCUCUACUUGCUGGACGAGUCGGACAUGGAGGUGCUGGACGACGACCACGACCGGCCCGACGAGUUUAUGUUCUACUACGAAUGA